AUGCGGGAGCAAAGGUCUGGUGGGGAACGAGGAAUUAGAGGAAAGAAAGGCAGGCGCAUAGGACAUGAAGGGAGAGAAAAGAGGAAAGGAGGGUACUGUGAGUGCUGUGAGGUCAAAUUCGACAACCUAAAGAUGCACCUAGAGAGUGACCAGCAUCAGGCUUUCUCUAAGAGUGAGGAGUACACAGUUGUGGAUCGAGUCACUGCGGGGCUGACCUGUGACCUUAUUAACAUUGGCACACACAGCAAAAG